AUGGGAGAAGCUGCCCGGGCCUUAGAGGCCUCGGCAGACGAGGCAAAGCAGCUCUGCGAGGAGAUCCGGCGCAUCGGCAAGGACGACCGUGUCACGUUUGGUGAGCUCGUCCAGGACUCCGCGGUGGAGCAGCGCUUCGAGGCUCUCCUCGGAACCCUCAAGGCCGCGAAAAAGAAGGGCUUCCUCACCUUUGAGGGCGAGCUGCUGCUUCAGGGGCAGCAUGACAACACGGUCAUUGAGCUCAGCGGCAAGGACAGGGAGGAGGCCGCUGCCGCGCCGCAGCAGGACGCAGCGGAGCCCGACGUAGCAGCGGAAGCCGAUGCGUCGGAAGAAGUGCCGGAGGCGGAGUCCGAAGUCCCAAAGGUCCCAAAGGAUGCUGAGGGCCGCUGGGCCCCGGAGGUAACCGCCCCGCCCGAGCCCGCGGCCGACAACACGUCGGCCAAAGAGGCCGAGACGGCCGAGGCGGCGGCUGAAGUCGAGGCGGACCCCACCGAGGCUCCGGUGACAUCCACGUCCUCUGCGACAGUCAAGAAGACAGAGGAUGGCAAGUGGAAAGUCGACACCGGGUACAUCGACCACAGGACGAAGGAUCCGAAUCGCCUGGAGAGCCGCCGCUCCGUUUUGGACGGCGAGAACGCGGCUGCUGCGGUCCCCAACCGAAGUGAGCGCGACGAGGAGGGGAAGUUCAAGGUCGACACCUCGUACAUCAACCACCGGACCGGCGAGGUGGACCGCCUGGAGGGCCGGCGCUCCGUUCUUGGGGCGGCGCCGGAGCGGGUGGCUCCAUCGGCCUCAGUGCGGAAGGAAAGCGGUGCCUGGAAAGUCGACACCUCGUACAUCGGCCACCGCACCGGCGACCCAGGGAACCUGACAAGGAAAGAGGUCAGGAACACGUUCGUGGAGCUCAUUGAGACGGAGGAGGCGCCGCCCCCGCGACGCUCGUCUUCGGCGCCCCCAUGCUGCAGGCAAUCGAUCUUGCCGGACUUCCGGGCGGUGAUGGACGCGACUACGGACGAGCCUGCGCAGGACAAUGCCAAGAGCAAGUUGAUCAGAUCCAAGAAAGCACCGCGCAGAGCACAUUCACACAUCAAAGGUUUGGCGAAGAUGGUGUUGAAGCAGGUCGAUUUCUCCUGA